AUGGCGGAAGAAGAUGAGAACAGCCCGGAAAUGCCCCUCGAAGACGACGACGAUGCUUCUGGUACAAUACGGGAGAUCAUGGAGACCCCUACACAGAGACGGUCUCGUACCAGAACCAGAUCCCCUGUGGCUGAGAGGUCCUCCUCUGCGAAGGCAAGUGGUAGUGCCGCCACGGCCGAAGGGCGGGGGGCCAAGACAGGAAUGGAGGAGGCAAGGUUCCGAAGCCCAGCACGCAAACUGGCAUGGGAGUUUCCUGAACCGAUCGAGGAAUGGCAACCAUUGCCAUAUGAGGAGCUCAGGCGAUGGUAUCAGAACCACUGGGGUCGGCGACAGUCCCGCUCAUCUACGUCCUGGAUGCCACAGGCCUCCACUGGCAAAACCUCAAGCUCUAGCAGCGCAUGGAGGCGUGCGCCCCCUCAGCCACCGAUGUCGAGGCGACAAAGAGCGAGUCAAAGCCAGAAGGACCAGGAGGAGGAAGUGGGACAGCCUGAUGUCGACCCUACAUCGGAGCGAGCAGUGGAGGCCGUUCACCCGAUUGUGAAGGUAGAGCCGUCAGAGCCGUCUGCCCCGAACGCUGGAAAUAAGACGAAGCCCGAGCUGAAUGAGGAGCACACGAUCAAAGCGGAGCUGGAGAUGAGCGAAGUGGAGUGUGACAUCAUCGUGGAUUUGAAGUCACGAGUGAACAGCUCCUGGAUGCCAUGCAGAUGA